UACUCAGAAUUUAAUUAUUAUUAACUAAAAUUAUGAAACAGUGGAACACUUUCGUCGCGUAGCUUAUUCUCAGUUAAGUAGGAGCAAGAAUUCGCACGUAAACGAACAUCAAGACAACUUUAUGAUAUAAAAGGUAAUCUUCGAGUCAAUGGCCAGUUACUUCGUGGAUCUCUUGUUGGUUAGAAUUCUUACAGAGCAUUUUUCCAUGAUGAAGUGCCGGACGCGGACAGUUGUAGUGUUUUUGGUAUUGAAGUUUUGGACAGCAGAGCUCGCACCAGCAAUUACCAGUCGGCAAUUUAUACCACCCUUACCUGGAUACAUUCCAGUCUACAUACGUUCGGGUAAUACUCCACUGGAAGAUAUUAACAUGGAACUUGCGGAAGCUUUUCAGAGUUACGCUCUUAAACAAGCACGCAUAAACGCAAUGGGAACUUUAUCAGGAAUUGUUGACGCUGAUGAUGCCAUCACAGAAAACCAUGAGAUAAUUCCACUAAACAAUAUCAAUGUUGAAGAUGAAGAAAACUCGCAAUCAAACAUAAUUCCGUAUUCGCAACACAUACAAAAAAUUCCACGAAAUUAAUAACAUAACCUACUUACAAUAUUUAUGUCAACCAAAAAUUAAUAAAAUGAUGCUG